AUGGCCGCUCGUCGUUCUCUGGCCCGGGGUAUUCCCGCUCUCCGCACAGUCUCUCCCCGCAUUGGCCUCACCACGAAACCAGUCGCUGGGACGUGGGCGACCUCGAAAUCGCCAUCGUCACUGUCGCAGUCCGUGGUGUCGCAGAACACCAGAAGACACAUUCACAUUACUGCUCGUCGCUCCUCCCAGCAGCAGUACGGCACCCAAUCUGCCGCUUCUACCACCACCGAAUAUCCUACAUCCCACGAACAGAUCACAAGCCCCCUCGACACAACCAACUUCAUCGACAACGAAUUUGUCACCUCCAAGGCGUCCGAAUGGAUUGAUUUGCACGACCCUGCUACAAAUAAUCUCGUAACUCGUGUCCCCCAGAGCACAGAUGAAGAGCUCAAGGCCGCUGUCGCCUCAGCUGAGAAGGCCUUCCCUGAGUGGCGAGCUACCAGUAUCAUCGCCAGGCAAGAGAUUAUGUUCAAGUUUGUGAGCUUGAUUCGUCGUGAUUGGGAUCGACUUGCGGCUUCGAUUACCCUUGAGCAGGGUAAGACAUUUGCCGAUGCUAAGGGUGAUGUCCUCCGUGGUCUGCAGGUUGCCGAGACGGCCUGUGGUAUUACCUCUCAGAUCACGGGAGAUAUUCUCGAGGUUGCCAAGGAUAUGGAAACUCGCAGCUACCGAGAGCCCCUUGGUGUCGUUGCUGCUAUUUGCCCUUUUAACUUCCCUGCUAUGAUCCCUCUCUGGUGUAUCCCCGUUGCCACCGUCACCGGAAACACCAUCGUUAUCAAACCCUCUGAACGUGACCCCGGUGCGGCCAUGAUCCUGGCCGAGCUCGCCCGUGAAGCCGGUUUCCCGCCCGGUGUUAUCAACAUCGUCCAUGGCGCCCACAAAACCGUAAACUUCAUCCUCGACGAGCCCGCUAUCAAGGCUAUCUCUUUCGUCGGUGGCAACAAAGCCGGCGAAUACAUCUACUCCCGCGGCAGCGCCAACGGUAAGCGCGUACAGGCCAACCUGGGGGCCAAGAACCACGCCACCGUUCUCCCCGACAGCAACAAGAACCAUGCCCUAAAUGCCAUUGCCGGCGCCGCUUUUGGGGCUGCUGGUCAGCGAUGCAUGGCUCUGAGCACAUUGGUGAUGGUCGGCGAGACCAAAGAAUGGCUGCCCGAGCUUGCAGAGCGCGCAAAGCAGCUUCAGGUCAAUGGCGGAUUUGAGGCUGGUGCCGAUCUCGGCCCUGUUAUCAGCCCGCAUAGCAAGAAGCGUAUUGAGGAUUUGAUUGCUUCUGCGGAGAAGGAGGGUGCCACUAUUCUUUUGGAUGGUCGGGGCUACAAGCCGGAGAAGUAUCCUAACGGAAACUGGAUCGCCCCCACAAUCAUCACAAACGUUACGCCCGACAUGACCUGCUACAAAGAAGAAAUCUUCGGCCCCGUCCUGGUCUGCCUCAACGUCGAAACCCUCGACGACGCCAUCGCACUCACCAACGCCAACGACUACGGCAACGGCGCCGCCAUCUUCACCACCUCCGGCUCCUCUGCGUCCCGAUUCCAAAAGAACAUCGAAGCCGGUCAACUAGGCAUCAACGUGCCCAUCCCUGUUCCUUUGCCCAUGUUCUCUUUCACCGGAAACAAGAAGAGUGUCGCCGGUGGCGGUGCAAGCACUUUCUACGGUAAACCCGGUCUGCAGUUCUAUACCCAGCAAAAGACCGUGACGAGUUUGUGGCGUAGUGAGGAUGCUUCGCAUACCCGUGCUAGUGUUGUUAUGCCUACCCAUAAAUAG